AGUCAUUAUCCUACAGACUAGAAAACUCACAUAUUUUCUUUUUAUUCAAAAUUAGAACCACAGAUGGCAGUCAAUAUAGACUGUUGAUAAGAUCGACUUGGAGUCUACUCUUUCAUUGCCACUCAUAUCUCUUCUUCCAAAGAACGUAGCUAAGCAAGUUGCAGAGCUGUUACAUGAAAGGAGAAUAGUGAUGGCUGAGGGACUUGUGUCGUUUGGAGUUCAGAAACUCUGGGACCUCUUGAGCCGAGAAUCUGAGCGAUUGCAGGGAGUUCAUGAGAAAGUUGAUGAUCUAAAACGUCAGAUAACAACGUUGCAGUCGUUGUUGAAAGAUGCAGAUGCCAGGAAAUAUGAGAAUGAAGUAGUGAGAAACUUCUUGGAAGAUGUCAAAGACAUUGUUUUUGAUGCUGAAGAUAUAAUUGAAUCCUUUCUUUUGAAAGAACUCAGUGGAAACCAAAAAGGGAUCAAGGGGCGUGUGAAAAGACUUGCUUGUUUCUUAGUGGAUCACCGAGGUUUUUCUAUGGACAUUGAAGGCAUAACUAAGAGAAUAGUCAAGGUGGUUGCGCAAAUGCAGAGCUUUGGUAUACAGCGUAGCAUCAACAAAUCACCGCCCCUACAAAAGAGACAGAGGGAGAUCCAACAAACAUAUCCAAAGAGAUCUCAAAAGGAUCUUGUGGGGGUGGAACAGAGUGUUAAGGAACUAGUUGGUCAUUUGGUGGAGAAUGAUAGCAUCCAAGUAGUUUCCAUAUCUGGGAUGGGUGGUAUUGGAAAAACCACUCUUGCUAGACAAGUUUUUCAUCAUGACAUUGUUCGAAGUCAUUUCGAUGGAUUUGCAUGGAUCUGCGUUUCUCAAGAUUGUAAGCGGAUGGAAAUUUGGCGAAAGUUAUUGCAAAACCUUAGACCACAUGGUAAAGGCAACAAACAAAUGAAUGAGGAAACACUCCAGACUGAGCUCUUUCACUUGUUGGGAACAUCUAAAUAUUUAAUUGUCAUGGAUGAUGUAUGGAAAAAAGAAGACUGGGAUAUAUAUAUAUUAAUUAAAUUUUAGAAAUCUGACAUUUAUAUCGUA